AUGGCUACCAACCCUAUACCUCAAAAUAUUUUAUGUCUCGAAACACUUGUAUUAAAUGUUCUUAAAAAUUCAUCUCCAGAAAAAAUUGCAAAUGAUAUUAAUAUACCCGAACUAGAUCCAUGUUUUUUAUACAACCAAGAACUUUUUUUAUAUAAAAUAAAAAAGCCGAUUACUUUACUUAUCUGUGGCCAUAUAUAUCAUUGUGAUUGUAUCGAAAGUUUUAUUAAAAUUAGUCCAAAAUGCCUGAAACCUGGUUGUAUGAAGGAGAUAGAAUCUGUGGUCGAAAUGCCUGGAAGUCAGGAUAUCGAUUUAAUGAAAAUGUCACCUACGAUGUUUAAAAGCCCUCUGUUUACCCAGAGUGAUACAUCAAAAAAACAUACUAAUGAUCCCAAAUUAUUUCCGGAUAAACCAUCUAACAAAAAAGCAAAGCAGAUAAAAAAAGAAUCACUUACACUAAAGAAACUUAUAGAAGAAUUAUCUACCGAACCAAGUACUCCGCAAGUUCUUGUAACUAAAAAAGAAAAUGCAAAUAAUUUUGUUGAUUUGUACAAUAAUAUAACUCAUGCAGAAACUGAAAAUGAAAUUAUAAAUCAAGAUGUUAUAACCAACUAUUAUCUUUUUGGUAAAGCUCUAUCAGAACGGCUUGAGCAUCACAAGAAAUCUAAUCCUCCAUAUGCUUCUUUGUUGUUAGUUAAUGAAGAAGUUAAAGAACAAAUUCCCAAUAUUACGGAUACUACAUUGUGGAAAAAAGUAGAAAGAUCACGAAAAAUUUAUAAGCUCUUUCUUAAUAUCAGAGAGGAUAAGAUUCAAAGAGUUAGAUCUUUCAGUGCAUUGACCAUUUCAAAAUUAAGAAAAGAGGAUAUUGAUAAUAUUAUACUUACCAUUUUGAAACAAAAAACUAAUUUACUGUGCCAAUCACGUGAGGUCACAUGUCCUGACCCAGUGGUCAGGAUUGAUAUCGAUACAUAG